UUUACGUUAUUUCACCCCUAAUGUGGUAAAGUAUAGCGCUGUUUGCAGACAACAUAGCCAAAAAAAUGACACACAGUCUAGUCUGAAAACUACUAGUAAUAUAUAUACAUUAUAUUUUGUGAUAUAUUUUGAUCUGAUAGGGAGAAGUACAUAAAAACACGUAGUGUAAGCGUUGCUAUUCGGGGAGGAUGUUCAAUUGACCUACUCGUCCAAGACUAUAUAAACCGCGCGCCCCACCGACGGAGCACAGAUCUGAAAUUGUUACUGCUUCUUCAGUGUAGGAACGUGACAGUUUCGUUCGUCGCUUACUUCAAAUCUCGAUUUCAUCUUUGUCUUCGACAAAACUUCAACUCCAGAACCCAAGAAUGGCUGUGUCACAGGUUCGUCAGAACUUCCACGAGGACAGCGAGGCUGGUAUCAACAAGCAGAUCAACCUCGAGCUGUACGCCAGCUAUGUCUACCAUUCCAUGGCCACCCACUUCGACCGUGACGACGUGGCUCUGAAGGGCUUCGCCAAGUUCUUCAGCCACCAGUCGGACGAGGAGCGCGAGCACGCCGAGAAGCUGAUGAAGUACCAGAACAUGCGCGGCGGCCGCGUGGUCCUGCAGCACGUCCAGAAGCCGGACCGCGACGACUGGGGCACCGGGCUGGACGCCAUGCAGGCCGCCCUGGCCCUGGAGAAGUCGGUGAACCAGUCCCUGCUGGAUCUGCACAAGAUCGCAGACACCGUCGGCGACCCCCAGAUGAUGGACUUUCUGGAGGGAGAAUACCUGAAGGAGCAGGUGGAGUCCAUCAAGCAGAUUGCCGACCACGUCACCAACCUGAAGCGCGUCGGCUCCGGCCUCGGCGAGUACAUCUUCGACCAGGAGACCCUCGGCGACUAGACGUCGUCCCGCAGAAGCCGUGGAAGCGUACCCUUGGGCGUACCACCAUCUGGCAGUUAAAGCACAGCAACGUUCCUGAUAAACACUCGUAGAUACCCCCCACCCCCCUUAUAUAACAACUAUGUACAUUUCGGAAAUGACACAAUACUUCUGUUAUGACCUAAAUAAACCUUUGAUGUAAAUUUAACAACAGUACAAACAUGUCAACACACUCCAAAGCUGUAUGCAGAAGACUGUUAAGUUAACACAGUCUGACUCCCAGACUUAGAACAUAAAAACCUGAAGGUUCAGUAAAGACAAAGGAAGUUAUAGGCAGACCUAUUGCCUCCUUUGGAAGGACCUUACACUGGUAAACACAAGUAGACAACAUGUUUAUUAGGAAUGUUGCUCAAGGAAUAAAACUCAGCAGAUGAA